CAUCUCUUUUCUUUGAUUCUUUUCCCGCCAAGGAAGCCACAUGGAGUACAUCGAGCUCCUCCGAUGAUCUCCGCCUCCAUACAAAGCCGCUUCAGCCGCGAUGCAUGCGCUGCAACUGCAACAGCACCAAAGAACGCCACAAUUCCGGCGAUGGCGAACCGGGGGGUGUCCGCGGACAGCGGGCGCGCCCGCCGAGUGGCCGUUCUCCGGUGCCUCGUCGCGGCGCUGGUCGUCACCAUCCUCCUCGCAGGGCUCGUCGUGCUCGUCUUCUGGCUCGUCGUCCGGCCGAAGCCCAUCGACUACACCGUCACGCGCGCCGUGGUGCGCCAUUUCAACGUCACGCCGCCGCCCGACGCCAGGGUCAACGCGACGUUCUACCUCACCUUAACCACCGACAACCCGAACCGGCGCGUGUCCAUGUUCUACGACUGGGUCCAGUUCCAGGUGAUGUACGGUGAGGCGACGCAGCUGGCGGUCGCCGACGCGCCGGCGUUCGGCCAGCCCCACCGCAACGAGACGCGGCUGAACGUGCGCGCCGUGGCGCGGUCGGUGCCGGUCGCGGAGCAGGCCGCGCGGGAGCUGGGGCAUGACCUAGCGGCCGGCGAGGUGGCCGUCGAUGUCCGGAUGCGCGCGCGCGUCCAGUUCAAGGUCGGCGGGGUCAGGUCUAGGCACUACUCCUUGCAGGCUUUCUGCUCGUCUGUAGUCAUCGGCCUGUCGCCGUCGUCGGCACGGUCGUUCAAGAGCGUGCCGUGCUACGUCGCCAUCUCGUGAGGCAACAUGCAUGGCGCGUGCGCUCGGAUCACUAGCUAAUUGUGGUGUCCCGCAAAAAAGCUUGGCCUGGAUCAAUGGUUUGUUAGGCUUAGAUGUUUGACUAUAUUAGUAAUUUAGUAUACUUCUGUUGUGUUGUAGUAAAUCAAGCUCUAAAUGCUGCCUUCUUUCCUUUUUCUUUUCAAAUUAGUGUGAUGAGGUUUUGCCAUGUUUGAUAUAUUAUCAUGAUUGCUGUGAGUGCCAUCCCCAUUUGGGAGAGUUGAUUGCUCCUUUUGUUCAGUGUCUUAUCCGGAACAAUUCACACACUUUUUGUUUAUUUAUUCGCCGUCUGAAUUAUUAAAUUAACUUGAAGCUUGUCACUUUGUUCUAG